AGUACUAUGUAAGUUACCCGCAAAGUGCAGAAAACACUUUACAGCACUGUUAUCGGCAAAUAGCUUUUGUUUGAUCAUUCGAGUAUCUGUUAAAUUAUACUUUUAUAAAAAUGUGGCGGCGUACAUUGCUUGCUAGCAGGAAUCUUAAGGCAACUCCGGUUAAUGUGGUGGUGCGCAAGGUAUCCAAUGCCCAACAGCAGUACACCACUUUAGAAAAUGCAAGCGAAGUGAAACACCAUGAAAAUUUGUCUAAGGAUUGGUGGAAUGUUAAUGGACCAAUGGCAGCAUUGCAUGCGCUAAACGCAAUCAGAGUUCCUUUCAUACGCGAUGGAAUUAUUUCACGCGGUCGUGUCGAGGCCCCUUAUAUAAAUACCACCAAUGUAUUGUGCAAACAACAACUGCUUGAGGUAGGAUGCGGGGGUGGCAUAUUGAGUGAACAACUUGCACGUUUGGGUGCCACGGUGAUUGGCCUAGAUCCAGGGGAAGAGCUGAUAAAGGCAGCGCGCAAGCAUUUGUCUGACCAUAGUCCGGAAUUGUGUGCCCGUGUCGAGUAUAAAAUGGAAUCAAUUGCACAGCACGCUAACUCGAAUUGCGAACACUAUGAUGCUGUUAUAGUGUCCGAAGUAUUGGAACAUGUGGAUGAUAAAACAGCACUGCUGGAGGCAUGUGUGCGCACUCUGAAGCCGGGGGGCUCCAUAUUUAUUACGACGUUAAACAAAACCCUGCCCAUGUGGAUGGGCGGCGUGGUUCUUGGGGAAUAUCUGCUAAACAUUGCACCUAUAGGCACGCAUCAUUGGAAUAAACUGAUAUCGCCUUUGGAUGUCCAGCGAAUAUUGGAUACAAUGGACUGUCACACUGUGCUGAUCAAUGGCAGUACAUAUGACUUUUGGAGCAAUACUUGGCGUUGGAUAAACUCCUCACAAAUGUGUUAUGCCCUGCAGGCCGUCAAGCAACGGAUAUCAUAUUAACUUUACAUUUUAUAUGAAUGUAUGUUAGCUUGUAUAGAAGUCUUAUAAAUCUAUUGUAAUAUACACCAUUAAAUUGUUGACAGUAA